GUGACUCAAUGGAACUAGAUCUGGAUGGAUUGCUGUACAUUGGGGGCGUAGGCGCCCCAUUUGCACCCCUAACAGUGCCUCCAGUACUGUGGACAGGUACUCUGAGACAGGGCUACGUCGGCUGCAUGAGGGAGCUUGUCAUAGACGGCUUGCAGAUCGAUAUAGUCGGUUAUGCUCAACAACAGGACUCUGGCGCUGUCAGACCAGCUUGUCCUUCUUACCAACCCCACUGUCCCUCGGAGCCUUGUAUGCACGGCGGCCAUUGUCUCGAGGGGUGGAACAGGUUUCAUUGCGAUUGUACCGCGACGCCCUUCACCGGUCCUACAUGCGGAAAAGACGCGUCAACGCUGCAUCUGAACGGAACGCAACAGAUGACGGCGCUCAUGCCAGAGGACUCGAGAACGCAAGCCGAAGAACUCAGCCUGCGUUUCAAAACCACGAGGUCGCAGGGACUGCUUUUGGCAACGAGUCUGGAGAACAGCUCCGAUAGAUUGCAAAUCUACCUGGAGAUGGGCAAAGCGAAAUUGCUGAUCCACAUCGGUGACAAGGAAAAGACUCUAAUGGUUGGGCAAGGUCUGAACGAUGACAUGUGGCACACACUGAAGUUUACGAGAAGAGCCACCGCCCUGAAGUUCCAAGUCGACAACGACCCUGCCGUUCAAACUGAGGCCCAACUCGGCAAGCAAGGGAUCCUAGAGUUCCGCACUCUUCACGUGGGUGGCUACGUGCACGUCGGAGAGGAGAUCCCCCAUUUUGUCGGGCAAAUGCAGCAGAUCUGGUUCAACGGUUAUCCUUAUCUCGAGAUAGCGAGGAGCUCCGGAAAUCAUCCAGCUUCCCACCAAAGUGUCACGCCGAUCAUCAGGGUCACGGGGAAAUUCGGCAAGCGUAACCAUCCGGUCCACUAUCCGGUGACCUUCAGGUCGAAGCACACGUUCAUCGGACUGCCUGUGCUGAAAGCGUACGUGGAAACGAACAUCUACUUCCAGUUCAAGACAAAGGAGGCGAACGGUUUGAUCCUGUUCAACGCCGGUCGUGAACGAGACUUCAUUGCCGUGGAGCUGGUGAACGGGCACAUUCAAUAUGUAUUCGAUUUAGGCGACGGACCUGUCAGGGUCAGGGACAACUCAAGGUCGCGGUUAAACGACGGCAAAUGGCACGCUGUCAGCAUCGGCAGACCGGCGCCCAAGAGGCACACGCUGGCUGUUGAUGACCAUGUCACUGUUGUCAGUAGCCAGGGUAGCAACGAAAACCUCGACCUCGAUGGGAUAUUGUAUAUCGGUGGAGUGGACAAGCUACAGUACAGUCAACUGCCGAAGCAAAUCCUCAGCAGCCACGGGUUCGAGGGUUGUCUGGCGUCAUUGGAUCUCAGCGGUGAAAGCACCAACCUUAUCGUGGACGCGGUGGUCCCCAGCUCUCUGGUGGAAUCCGGCUGCAAUAUGUACGCCAAUCUGCACCCUGGGAAAAAAUGCACUCACGACCUGUGCGCGAAUCACGGCACCUGCGUGCAACAAUGGAACAGUUACACCUGCGACUGCGAUAUGACCAGUUUCACCGGGCCGACGUGCAACGACGAGGCGAUAGCAUACGAAUUCGGAGCUGGAAGAGGACUUAUCAUGUACACGUUCCCUCCAGACCGAAAACCAGAGAUGAAGAGGGAUACAGUGGCCUUCGGCUUCGUUACCAGUGUAAACGACGCUGUACUGCUUAAGAUCGAGUCCGCUGCCAGCCAUGAUUUCCUCGAAAUCGAAAUUGUGAAGGGCAACGUGGUCGUCGUUUACAACAUGGGCACGAACAACCAUCUGAUCGACGAGGUCGGCGUGAAGGUCAACGAUAACCAAUACCACGUUGUGAGGUUCACAAGAACAGGGCCGAACGGCACGUUACAAAUCGACGAUUACAAUCUGCUAACGAAUCAUCCGUCCGGUCGCCAGCUGACAGUCUUCAACAGUCAGUCGGCCAUUCUAGUUGGUGGUCGAUUGAACCGCAACGUGGGCAGAAUAGAACGGCCAUUUUUGGGGGUGAUCGCCGGUUUGGUAGUGAACGGUGCACGAAUCCUGGAGCUCGCUGCCUCGAAAGAUGGCAGAGUCACUACCAGAGGGGAUGUCCAACUGAUGCCCGCCGGAAGUCUUCUGGAUCGAGCGGCACCUCUGCAAAGAAUGCAACAGACACCAGCGUCCGGUUUUCCCGGUGUCAUGGACGACCUCAUAUUUUCUGGCGCCGGAAGCGGCUGCACCGCCGACGACGAGGACGAAGAAUGCACGCCCAUCUAUGAACCCGGUUCCGGUAAGUACGACAUAAUCACGCCGGUGUACGUCGCAUCCACGAGAUCGCCGGUCACCCUGAAGCCGAAGCACCGCAAGGAGAACAUCCAGGAGCGCCCAACCUGCGACGACGAGGAGGACUGCGAGGAAGGAUCCGGCGAGCCGGUCACCACCGAGGAAAUCUUCGUCACGUCGGUCACCGAUUCCAGCUCGGUGACGUACACGACAGCCCGCGAGUACACGACCAGCCACAUCAGCACGCAAACGUCUCCAGGCUCACCGUCGACAUCGACCCGGGAUAUCGUCACCGUCUCCGUCCAGUACAAUGUGUCAACCACAGACCUCGAGACCAGCCACGCCAGUAGCGUCGUGACGCCUAGAUCGACGACUGUGACGACCCAAACGACCACCACGGAGAUGACGGACCCGCCGCCACCGCCUCCGCCCCCGGUCUACCCUCCGGUGCCUACACCGCCGAAGAACAACAACAACAAGAGGAUAACGAGCGAGACGGAGGAGAACGCGGCGCUGAUAAUCGGCAUCAUAGCCGCGGCGCUGAUCGCGAUCAUCCUGAUCAUCCUGCUCAUCCUGAAAUUCAAGAGCCGUCCGGAGACCAGUUACAAGGUCGACGAGACGAAGACCUUCUGCCAGGACCCGAACGCCGCGCUGCUGGGCGCGGCCGGGUCCGGCCAGCCGUUCAACGGCUCCCUGAAGAACGGGGCGAACUGCAGCAAAACCAACAAGAAACGCGAACUGAUAGACAUCAAAGAGUGGUACGUGUAGAGACGGCCGUGGUCCUCGAGAGCCACGUGCUUCGAUAUGGUGCCAGGUGUCCACGUGUGCGUUUGAACAAGCUACCGAACGAGUGAGCCUCCCCUAGAUUCUUCGUUGGUGCUACGGUGAACAAGAGAGACUGGUCCCGGGAAGCGGCUUCCGGCAGAAAAAAAAGAAAAAGCAGAACGGCGUGUUCCUUGCUUCCGGGGUGAGACCAACCGGUGUAACAGUGAUCGAUAACUCGUGAAAACUCGUUCGGGAAUCGGCGAAUGCCUCGAUGGGACUGACAGGGUUCACUCGUCGUCGCGGCUCAAUCGAUGUAUUUCGCGAGGCCACCGAACAGGUAAACAUAUCCGAGUGCACAUCGCGUCGACGAUGAACCCGAUCGGAACCGGACAAGGAUCCAACGCGAUCGACGAUGUGCUAAGCAUCCGAUCCGCACAGAAGCCAAGACUGAUGUCGCGCCGACGGUAGGCUAAACACUGAUUAGCGUCGAGGCUGACGAUUUGUUAACCGUUCGAAGAUUGCGCCGAAGGUCGAGCCGAAGGUCGAGCCCGAAAGUCGGUCGAAGGUGGCGCCGAUCAGAGAGAGAGAACCGGUCCGAGCGCCGGCGGAGGUAGUGCAUUUCGUUAUCAAUUCGUUAGGGCGAUGCUCGAACUAAUUCCCAGCAUUCCUCGCGGGCGCGGACGAGCAUACGGCCGCCGUUGGGAGCCUUGGAAUACGGCUCGCGCGCUCCUCCGCAAAUCAAACUUCUUCCUUGUUGCUAUAUUGUUAGUUGUGUAUUAUAUUUAUUGUAUAUGAAAGAUUUAUUGUGUACCAUAGAACGUUCGCGUGCAUGAUCCUUCCUUUAGACCACGCCGUUGCCGAAACGGAGAACCGUUUCCGGCGGUAUGCCACGGCGAGAAACGAUGAAAUCCUGGCUGAAUGCCGAGAGGGGGUUAAACACGUUCGUUAAAAAUUAUAAAAUAUUUAUUCGUGUAAUGUAAUAAUUGGUUCUACGUGUUUAUUAGGUCGUUAAGUGUGAAAUGUCCGAUUCGAGAUGAAAAUUUGGUUCAUCAUAUCUCGGGCAAGAAGUAAUAUAAUUAAUCAAAAUAUGCGCCUGAACUAUCAAUCCCUUCCCAAUGCAAAAAAGAAGAAACAAAGGACGAUCGAAAUGAAAUAUCGGAAACUUGAUGCUUUAGGUAAUCGGACAUUUCGUGCUUAAUGACCUAAUACAUACUGAUACUUUUUUUAAGUCGAAGUAUGUACAUGGUUUUCUCUACAAGCCCCCCGAAUCCUGCAAUGGCAUUAAGGGCUCUCUUACGAGCUCCCAAACAAAAUCUUCGGUUCUCCAUUGCGUGACAAUUGGACACGUAAACUGUCACCUUCUACGUGAAUUGAUAUCCUCCAGGAUUUAAGUAAAAAAAAAAGAUGAACUCGUCACUUGAACUAGUUACUUCCGAUACAAAGUUUGGUCCGUUUCGAACCAAAGUUGUAAACGUGAUAUCGAACGAAAUUAUAUUAGACUACGGAUUCUAUGCAAUUUGUCGCAAGAAUUAAUAGAUGAAACACGAAGCAAGUCCGUAGUCUAAUUAGGAGCUAUUUGCAUUCGGUUCAGUAAGAAGAUCUUUACGUUGAUCUCGAAAAAACGAGUUCGUAAACAUGGAAAAAAAUAAUUGACGUGUAAACAGCUUGAUGGAUUUAGCUACGAGUACGCCGACUCGUCGAAUGUCAAUAUUACGUUUUAUCGGUCCAACUGUGUAAUGCGAUCGUUAACUGACGCGACACAAACUUAUUCUCGCGUUUACGAAUCGUGCACAGUGGACACCUUUGGACCGACAAGGUUCAACUCCGUGAUCAACAAAGUACCCCGAUUUCGACGAUUGAAAACUACUGUGUCAUCUUCUCGAGAACUCUUUCCGAAAAUCUUGCCAAUUCGAUUGAAAAUUAGAAAUGCGUAUUUCGGCUAGGAUUCCGCGGAUUCUCGCAACGGCGGUGCGUCUGCGGAGAUAGAGGGCCGCGUUGUCGCGCCGUAUUUCAAGGGUUGGACACGCUUCCGGUCGAAGGAUCUUUCGUAGUUCAGUAUACAAUGUAGGCGAACGGGGGAGAAAGUGUUGGGAUGAACGGAGCGCAGGAACGAAAGUAUCGAUGCGAACGAUCCUAUCUAGCGAUUAACGAACUUAUUGUUGUAUAGAGAAAGAAAAAAGGAAAAAAGUAUACACGCAUGUGCGCGUACGUGCAUGCACGUGGCAAGCGCGCGAGGCGAAUCGACACGUGUAUGGACGCGCGUGUACGCAGAUAUGACAUUUAUCGAUUAUGUUAUACGUGUAAAUUGUUUAUGAAAUUAUAUAGAUUUUAUUAACGAGAAAGAGCGUGGAGAGCGCGUUUCAGUGUACGUGUGUGCGUGGUUGUGUGCGUGUACCGUGUAUAUGGGCCCCGCGUUCCGCAACGCGAGGAGUCGCGACAGCGAGACGCGACGAUUGGCGAACAAUGCCAAAGCUAAUUUAACGCGAGAGAUAAUUAACGCAGUAGGUUCUAAGUGACUCGGAGGACACUGUCGAGUGAUCGACAACACGGCCAUUGCGCAGGGACGCUUCUACGAAAGCACAGAAUGCGAACACAGUAUUUGCCAAACAAGGAAAACGAACCGUUUGACCGGUGCUUAACCCUUUGACGUCCAUUUUCACCAUUUCAUUUUCAACAUGCUCGUGCGGAUCUCGCGCGUUCCGACCAUUCGAACUCCGACGAUGUUCCUCGACGACACUCGUAUUUCUAAAUCUCGACAUUUCUUCACGCCAUGUCUGUUCCCGCGGCUUCGCGAACCGAAAGCGAGUAAUCGGGAUCUUGUCGCUGAAAAGGAGGGCUCCAAAGGGUUAAUUAUAUCCGCCGACGGCAUAGAUGGCUGAUUUUGCUUUGUCGCAUCCAGACUCGCUGAUCCCUCGGAAGCUUUCUGCCAAUCUUCGAUUCAAGAAGCGAUCGUUGUCCUGCUCAUCGUGCCACGUUGAUUCUGUCGAUUCUGCAGCGGGUUUGUUGCUUUUUAAAACUAGUGCUAGCUUUUCGGCGCGUACCUGUGUCGGUUAGAACAUUAGUCGGCUCAUGUUUCAUCCUUGAAUGGAUUAUCGACGAACUUCCAUCCUGUAACGAAACUUCCAACGCUUCGGUAACCGAGAACAGUGUUAGCCGCGUCGGUGUGUAAGGAAAUCGGGAACACCGAUGUACUAUUUCGAGGGGAAUUAUGCUUCACUUGAUCCUCGACUCACCGAGAAGUUCGUCUUGGAAAUGAGGAGCGUAUUUGCGCCAGCGAGGAUAGGAGACAUGAAUCAGGAGAGUAUAAUAAUCGUGAUUGAGCAUGAUUAAUGGGGCUCUACGUAGCAUAACAUUAUACAGACUAUGAGAUUAUAUUAAAAUAUAUUCGUAGACUGUGGAUCGUAUUUCUGACAAAGCGGGUACCUCGAAUGCAAAGCUUUUCAGAUUUCCAUCUCGUUUUAGUGAAAGUAAAUGCAUUCAAAAAAUAAUCUAGAACACCGUUAUUUCGAACGUAUUGAAAUUAUUCUGCGGACAAUUCUUAAUUUGGCAUAAAUAUCCACAGUCUAUAAUUUUAGUUCCAACGAAAUGACAUAUAGUGGUGGAUCAUUUAAAAGUGUCAGGUUACUUGUACUAAAAAGCUCUUGUUGCGGUAUUUCUUCGUUAAAAUAGAUGAAAGUUUUAAUGUCCCGAUACAAAUUUCGCAAGGAGGAAAUAAUUUGACAAAUAGCGGGCAAUUAGGCAAGUAAUAAUAAGUAAAUAUUGUCGAUUAUCCAGUAAAAUAGUUGGUUUAUCUAAUAAAAAUUAGGGAAAUCGAUCUAACAGUGAUCAAGGUAACGCAAAAUGCUAGCACUAGCCGAAGCCUCAACUUUUUUUUUCGUACAGUUUCAGCCGCGUCAUUGUAAUUAUCAUUGCGCGAAAGAUUCCUGGAAUUAUUUGAGUCCUCAUGGAACAUUUGUUGAAGGGGCCGACUCGUCAAAGAACUAUUUUCCACGAGCGAAACGUUUUCGAGCUCUCGACGCGUAUUCCUAGAACGAUUAACUCGUUGGAGCGGCGAAACUCCGUGCUCGCGAAAGAGAGAAAGAGAAAAAGAAAGGGAGAAGGAGAGAGAGAGAGAGAGAGUGAAAGAAUGUGGAAAUGAUGGUCGAGGGAACCAUUACCUCGAAAGACAAGAAGAAAAACGUCCGAUUGUUGAAAGCUUUUUAAUACUUAGCAAAAUGCUUGGCGCGUAGAGAACCUGCAGUCGGUGCGCCAUUUUCUUUGAAACCGGCGUUCCUCGAACCUGGAAAACUUAAAACAGGGAAUAUUUCGUGCCGAGUUGGAAUCAGCCGUUGUGAAUCCCUUCGGGAAUAUCUUCUCGAGAAAGGAAAAUUAGAUUUUAUUCGAACGAACUGAAUAGUAUGUCUCGAUUUGUUAUUUAAGGCAUAAUUAAUAUUGGUAAGGAACGUUUGCGGUAAAAUAUUCUGCACUUAAUUAACGAUAUAAUUAACUCCCGACGAAGCACGGAAUCUAAAAAGUUAAAAGUAUUUAGGAUUCUAGAAUUGCUAUAAAGCACAAAGCUUGUAAUAAGAUACGGAUGUAUAAACAUCAAAGACAAAAUACUAAAAAGAAUUUAUGCAAGUUGUAUCGAUCUAUAAGCGCUUACACGUUUGAGAAAAUGAGUAAAACGUUUUAUAUUGUUUUUAUUAGUUGAUAGGGAUACACGUGAAACACGUAAGCGGAGUGUUUUAAUUAUAACGUGCGUGUUCCUCGAAAGGGAAAAGGAAAUGCAAAAAUGGGGAAAACGAAUUGAAUUUAUAGGAUAAUAUAAAAAAUAACAACACGCGUUCACUUUUAUCAAAAUUAAUAAUUCCACGCUGGUGUUUCGUUGACACAAGAAUUUCAAAAUAUGUACUUACACUGCCGUUCAGAGACAUACUCAAAGCACUACGCAAACUGCACAAAACUUACUUUUUAAAGACCAUUUACGAUUGUAACUUUCAUGGCAACUUAUAACUUUAACGGAUUUCUCUUUAAUAUAUGAUAUUUUUAAAAAGACAAAAUAAACAAAAAAAAGAUAACGAAGAUACCAUAUUUGUUUAGGAAACGAGGAGCACUGUGAAUUUUUCUGCGACAGUGUUCGUUCGAUUCAAUUUUCCCUCUAAACUAAUUCAAUUAAAGGUUGCAUCUUAAAUGACUUUAAUCGAGACCUCUUCGUCGAUGUGGAAAAAGGUUCCUGGAAUUUCAUUGUUAUGCAAAAAUGAACUAUUGCUAUUCGUACUCUGUAUUUAUUCCGAAGAAUAUGUAAAGAAACCAAAACGAGCGCGGCUUUGUUGCUCUCGCUCUCAACGGGGUAAGAAGAGAAAUAUACCCCUUGGGGAAAACCGUGCUCACGUUUCCACAUAGAAACUCUAUUUCGAGAGAAAUGCAACUAAAAUAGCAAUAUUAUCAUUCGGUUAUGUAUGACUACAAACUUCCAGGGGACUCGUAAGUCUACCCUGCAUAAUUUAUAAGGGAACAUUAUUAUUUCCGGCUUUUUUCUGGUAAAAACUCCAAGAUAUCGGAAGGUUCGAGGAACACCGAUCGAAGCGUAAGUUCUCGGUUGACGGCGCUCUCGAAGCAACUUUAAGACUUCGACUGCGAUUCCCCCAUCCGAUUUACUUCCCCCUUAUUAAUUCCGGAAAGCCUAGCUCUCGCUGACGAGUGUGCUCGUUAGGGUCGUUAUCGUCACAAUGCCGCGUUCCGGCAUAGAAACGUGCCUCCCCGCCACUCCCCGUAGGUGUCUCGUUACGACGAUCGACUUCUUCCCCCCUUUCUUCAAUUAGCAUUUAAAACGUCCAUCCUCCCCGGCCCUCGCCGAGCAAUAUAAUUGGCUGCGACCGAACGCGGAUGUUUAACCCUUUGGAGCGGCGCGGAGCCGCUGUUUUCUUAUUUUUAACGAGACGAUCUUUAUCAUUGUUCACGACCGGCUCCGAGCUCCAGGCUGAAACCGAUAUUUCGAUCAUUAGUCCGACGUGUACGAUUCUCGUUAAUUCUAGGACAACGAUCAAUUACACUUCGUUUGUAGUGUACACGUUAAAGAAGCGCGUCUUGUAACAGAAACGAAAAAGAGAUCGAAAGUUUCUAAGAAAAGAAUUGUGGGUGAAAUUUUCCACCCGGAGGAGAACGGAACGUAUAACUGUUAAAAAGAUAUAAUCAAAUUUCGUUGAUCGUAAGUAGACUGCGGAUCAUAUAUCGUGCAAAAUAAAGACUGUCUGCAAUCUUUGCGAAAGACAGUUUCGUUGUUCUUCAACGAUUUUAGUAGAUUUUUUUAUUAUUUUUUAUUUUAUUUCUUUCAUAAAUGCACGAAAUCCACAGUCUAGCCGUGAGCUUGAUUUUCUUUUUGUAUGAAACUUUUUCCCAUUCGAUGUCCUGAUUGUAACGUAACGAUUAGUGCUUCGUGAAACGAUGAUUAUGGGAUGGAGGAUUACCAGGGCAGACAGGCCAUCGAAACGACAGAUUUUCGAAUCGACAGACGAGCCACGGAAUGUGUUUUGAGAAAAAGAGUCUUAUCCAAGGUGCGAACGUGGUCUUCGACAGGUGACAAUGCCGGGGUACUGGCUCUCAGGGAAGCACAAUUAUACCGCGAUUCAACUCCAAAGAACACAAUCUAACCGAUCACAGCCCCAAACUAACGCAUAUCAGAGAACGAUUCCAGGUGAUCUGCGACCGAACCGAAUCCACAGAACGUCGCGUCGCGCGGACCGAUGACGGUAUUUUUAAAGUUUAUCCGAAUCAACGUUGAUUUUCGUCUGCUUCUCGACACUCGAAUGCUCUCGCAUCCUGUUACUAUAAAUACUACCGGUCGAACCGAUAAGGGAUAUCAUUUCAGUGACGCUUGCUCGUGUACAAAACUUCUUGAAACGCGACAAACACACAGAUACACAGGCAUAUACACACAUAUGCUUACAGCCUUUUUUCUCUGCUACUUCUCUAAAAAAAAAGAAAAAAACGACGGGUAAAAGAAACAGAGAACCGAGACGCAAAAGAUAGAGAGUAGUAAGAAAAAUCUCGAAACUCUUUUAUAUCUUCUAUCGCACAAGAGCUUGACGGAUCCACGUGCAGCACGACCUUCACCGAUAAAAGCAAGAGCCGCAAACAGCAAUGGCUUCUCACUGGCCGCUUUCUUCGACUUUCCUUUUCUUCUUUCUCGAUCGUCGAUCGAUUUCGUUCCGAAAAAGAAACCGAUAGCGAUCAAGCUUUUCAUACACACACGUAAACACACAAACAUACACGCGCGAGCGCGCGCACACAGAAAGACAUAUACACGACGCGCUUUGAAUGGCACAAUGAACUCUUCGAAAACUCUCUCGACUUCGCCGGGACUUGCAAAUCUUCACCUUCGAGAUCAUUCGUAGGCUAUAAAACGAUAAGUCGAUGUGGAUUUUGUAAUAUUUACGUGGCUACAGUUGAGUGGGCAGUCUUAACGAUAUCAUCGACGACCGACGACGCAAUAUCGACGAUCCAUGCCCGAGAACAGGCCCGUCGGAGGAUCGACGGAUAGAUCCUCGAUCGCGGUAGCGCCGCGUGUCUUCUCUCGGACAGCAUUUGCGCGACUGCGAUCCGAAAACUAUCGACUAUCGACGAAACGACGUAACCGAAUUCAAUGAGACGCAUCGUCCACAUACCGCGAAAUUGAACAAGAAACCCGGUAUUUUCGUAUUAACAAUCGGAACGUUUCGCGAACCUUUUUGAUGCAUUUAAACUCUUUGUAUUAAGUCCAACGUGAUCGUUUGCAUCCCUCCGUGUAUAAACCGUGUGUGUAAAGCUAAUCCGACUAUGGGAACAGUUAAUUGAUGAAACAUCCAACGAUUUCGCUUCGUUCUUCGAGCCGAUGCGACUUUGACUUCUACCAUUUCAUUUCCGAGCGACCCUCGCGCGUCGAGGCGAGAAGGGUCGGUCAUGAAUUUCAGGGGAUUAACGAACAAUUCUCAUUAAUACGAAAAUACUAAACUAAAGAUAUCAACACAAGGAAAGUAUGAAAUUCUUUUUGAGUCGUGUACAACCUCUACAACUCUUGUCCCCCUUCUUUCUUAAGGAAACGGAUUUUCUCCAUUUCCAACUCAGCCGUUAUGUGCCAUGGAGAUGGCUGCCGAUCGCCAUACGUGUUUGCCACCCCUCGAGAAACGCAAACGGGCCGUUUCGCGCCGAAACGGAUCACUUUCUCGACGAUAUGUUCGCGGUAUUUUCGCGAGAUACGUUCGACAAGUUCGCGCAGAAAUCAAAGGAGGCUCGGAUAUUUAGCCGUCUCAAGGAAAGCCUGGGCGUUUCAUUUUCAUCAGCUCUUUUUCGUCCGGGAAUCGCAAAAGAAUGUCUUCGACCGGAGCCUCUAAUCAAAAGAAAUCUUUGAGAAUUACGAGCGAAUUUAGGGAUUCGAUUUAAACGACGCAUCGAGAAUCAAUCAAAGCUGAACGAAGCGCCGGGAGAUCUCGUCCCGAAAGUGAUCUGCUGACGCACAAUUGCCCGAGCAUAUAUUGUUAUCACUGCCCUCUAAACUCUCUAUCUGCAUAUCCUUCGAUGUACUGACGACUAAUGUUUAUACUAAACUAGUUAACUUCUAAUAAGAUAUCUUACCGAAUGCAAAAUGUUACUCUAAUUAAACUUAAACGCAUUAAACCUUGAAGUUAAGUGUGUCACGGGUAGGAUCAUACCUAAGCAUAACUAUUAAUGCGUAGUGCGGCAACCAAAGAAGAGCGUAAACGAAGAACUAACGAAAGGAAGGGAGAGCGAGGGAGGGAGAGAGUGGAGCUGAUUAGACGAGUGAGCGAGCGAGCGAGCGAGAGAGAGAGAGAAAGAGAGAGAGAGAGAGAAUGACUGAAUGGUAAGAGUGGUCGUGUAUUUAUAAGUGUAUGCGCAUAAUGCAGAAGUAAACGUGGGAAAGAGAAGUGAGGAGGUGGAGGAGAAGGCGAGAGACCGUGUGUGCGACGAGCAUUGUGAACCGGAAAGUCGUUAGAUGCUAGGCAGACACCGAAAACAGAAAAGAAUAAAAAAAUAAGCUCACACAACUGUAUCUAGAGUCGCUAUAGCUAGAUGGAAUUAUAUUUUACAUUGUACAGUCUAUACGUAUGGGUGCACUAUAUGAACCUAGAUAGUGAAAAAUAUGAAGACGCAAACGGAAAUACGCGUGAAACGUUACUGACGACGCUCCGAGCUCGAUAAAUAUUUGCUGAACUCUAGGAUCGACGGCAAUCGCAAAUAUUUUUCUUGUUCGCUACGCUGAUCGACGACUUUUUUUACACGUGCGCACGUGCACACUGGCUCGCGUGUGCGUGCGCGCGUGUCGAAUGUCGAGCGUUCGAAUGUCGUUUCGAUUCAAUUCGCGCAGGAAACGAUGUAUAAUACACAGAAUGUUCGCCGUCGCCGUUCCAAAAGGUCUAUCUUGUAAAUGUGAAUGGCGUUAAACGAAGAGUUGAAUUAUCCUUGUUUUCUUUUUUGUCCGAAUGUUCGGACAUUUUUUCGUUUCGCCGUUUUUUCAUUUCCAUAUCUCAGAAAAUAAAGCGUCGAGUGUGAGGAAGGAACAAUUCUCACUGUAGCUUGUCUUCCCAAAGAAAAUGUCUGUAUCAGCGACAAUUAUUUCGAGCACGGGAACGUGCCCGUUCAAAAACAAGGUUUGCUUCUUUUUAUUAAAUAUUUGUGAUAGCUCGUCUCCAGUUCCUAGAUAAUAAUUCAUACAUUUAUUGUAGGAAUAGGAUGAAUAAAUUUCUGGUUUGCAAGUGUAGUUCACUAAAUGAUUCUUGUCGCUGACUGCAACCGCGUGUACUUCCUGCAUUGAGGCUUGUUCGAGUUCAAAAAUACGCACUGCUCAUUUACAAGAGAACGAUUGGUAGAAGAUAACGAUAAUUUGAACAUCCUGUGUAUAUUUAUUCGUACACAGAGUUGGGCACGGUUUAAUGACUUGGCGACUGCAAUUGACAUAUUUGAUCAGCAAUUGCGAUUAAGUUUACACAUUAAGUUUUCCUCGAAGCCUCGAUUAAUGCUAAACCUACCGAAUAUUGAACGAUAACCGACACGUGUUGCCGUAUAAAAAUUACAGAAUUGAGUUGAUUUCGAUUUUGUACAAUUUUGAAUCAAGCACCGUAAAAUACGUGUGGGUUUAGUGUUGAAUAGAAUUUCAACUGGAAAUGUCAAUACAAAAAUCAACAACCGAAUUCGCCAAUUGAUUAAAUCGGUCUCCGAUUUGUCGACGAUCGAACGAUCGACUGCGAUUAAACUUUUAAAUCAUGAGCAUCGUUCUGUCGCUCGAAAAUUCGUAUCGUUCAAUGCCCAACUCUGUGUUCUACCUAUACACGGACACAUGCAUUCUCUAAGGUUGAGAGUUGAGAGAGGCGCGUCGAGCUAAUCGCUCGGCGCCGCUCGAGUCAGAUGUCUCGUUUCACGGAAAGUCGGCCCGACUGCGAGCGCAGUAUAAUUACGAGCGUAGCGUACGAUGGUGCGUAUAGAUUUUUUACACGUCAUGGCGACGCCUCUUGUGCCGUUCCGUUAGAAUUUUCCGGUUUUUACCGCGCGAAUUUACGACGCCGCACGAUCCCACGCAAUCCGCAAAGUAUUUCUUUCGGUAAUGAUUUACGAAAAGAUCCUCCUCUCCGAUUUCAAUGACAUCUGAUUAUGUUGCACAGCUUAGCAUUUUCAACAACUUUUUCCUCCGUGAAAAUUAUUGCUCUGCCAUCAGUUUCCGUGAUAUUCGUGAAAAACUGGAGACCAGAUUUUCGGGGCAUUUUGAAAACCGAUUUCGAAAACUGUAUAUUUACAAACGUUAUAAGCGCAGAUCAGUUCUGGCUUAUAGCUCUUCGUUGCUUAUUUUAAAAAGCUCUCAUGUUAUAGAGAUUGUUUACCGGUCCCCGUGCCGUGAUCACGAAAACAGUAAAUAAACGACCAUACAGCAUGAUAUUAUAAAAAGGAAAGAGUUUUUCGAAAUGUCGAGAAGUAUAAUAUAAAGUAUAAUAUAGUUUCACCAAAAUCAGAAAGGAGGAGCCUUUUGUAAUUAAUUACCUUUCUUUUUAUUUCGCGCAGCGACGUAAACGUGUCUCACAGGAGACAGAGUGAAAAGGGCGAGAGUAAACAGUGUGUCGUAUAUUUAAGGGGCAAAAGAAGAGAGAAAGAGCGCGAGAGAAAAAGAGAGAGAAAGAGAGAGAAAGUUAAGAAAAACGAAGCACGACGAGGAUACCUUUUACAACUUAAAUCAAAGCAACUCGCGCGCGCACGUGAUUGAUUAAUAUACAUAUACGAUGCGUGCACAGAGACGCAUUACGAAAUCUCUUGAAAAAUCGGAGACAUGUAAAUACAUAGAGAUAAUGCCAUAACUACGAAAUUAUAUGAAUAAAGUAUUGAAAAUGUGAA